CUAGAGAUCGAAGGAAUGAGAGCUCUAUCUUAACAAUGGUGAUUUUGUAAAUACAGGUUUGUACAUCUAUUGUAAAUAAAAAAAGAACCUUCUAAAGUGAGAGGCGUCUACGUGGCCGAAGGGAGACAACGUUCAUAUUGGUGACGUCAAUUACCAAACUGAACGGUCAACUAUCUCAUAAAUAGCUAAAUGUGACCUCCGUAUCUGCCUUUCAAUUGAAAAGCAUUUCUCUCCACCAUGGUACACAUACGAUUUUCUCUACGAUAACAAAAAAUCUUAUAUCUCAAGAAGUAAAACUGGUGGAGAUUUGAGACUUUCGUAGUAGUGAGUACUUGUGUAGCCCUAGUUGGCAUAAAAGUUUCAAGUGUAUACGAUGUUAUUUGGCUGAAAUAUAAAUUUUUCUAUUUUGGCCGAUUUGUGCUCGGAAAAUCAGAAAAAUGGCUCGAAUGAAAAUGGCAAAUUGGCAAUUGGCUUUCUGAAUAAAACCUCUUAGGCUUUUUUACUACCACUAGGUAGACAAUCGUUCCAUGUGGGUUGCAUUGGGAAAGGAAGACUGCACCUGAGAAGGUUCCCGCGUUAGUUUUAUGUUAACUACAGUACGGCAGUGAUAGGUAUUAGUCAUUAGAAUGUGACUUUUUUUCUGUAUAAGUGACUGAGAGAAAAAGCGGAAAGAACGAAGAGUUUUUGAUACCAGCGAUUCAAAUGUAUUUGAACAUGAAAAAGUUAGGGAUUCCAUUUAGAUAUUCUAGAUUCAAUAUUAUAGUUUAUUUGUUUUAUCUGUUGCUCUUUAGAUAAUUGUGGUAUGGAAGAUGUCGUUUUCAAGAAAUCAACUUGUUGAAUUUAUUAUUGAUGUCACAGAACAAAUCGGAUUCGAUGGAGGGGAGAUUAAGAAGGCAUUAGCCAGUUUGAAAGAUGAUCGUUUAGAAGAAUUAACAAAAAAAUGUUUUGGUAUGAAAAUAAGAAAUGAUAAUGAACAAAAUGAACCAAUGCAAAAAGAAUUGAGGCCGGAUGUUUAG